AUGAUCGAAUCCAUUGUGCCGGCCAUUGUCAAUAACUGGCCCAUAGCGCUGGCCGUUGUUGUUGUGGGCUAUUUACUCAGCAAUUAUUUCAAACAUGGCCUCAACAAGUAUCCCGGACCAGUGUUGGCUAGAUUUACGGAUUGGUGGAGGUUUUUUGACGUAUAUGGCCGACGACCAGACAUCACACACCUCAAAUUGCAUCGCAAGCAUGGAGAUGUUGUCAGACUCGGACCAAAUUCCCUCUCGUUUGCAAGUCCUAAGGCGUUGAAGACCAUCUAUGGCCUGAACAAGGGAUUUACCAAGUCUGGAUUCUAUCCAGUACAACAGGGCGUCAGCAAGGGCAAACGACUGCCUUCGCUUUUCUCCACGACAGACGAGUCAUACCAUGCAAACCUUCGCAGAUCCGUGAAUAACGCAUUCUCGAUGAGCCAGUUGGUCCAGUAUGAGCCUGGCGUCACCGAAUGUGUCGAGGUUUUCCUGGAUCAGACGGAGAAACUCUAUGCCAGGACCGACAAGGUCUGUGAUUUUGCAGAAUGGCUUCAGUAUUUUGCAUUCGACGUCAUUGGGUACAUCACAUACAGUAAGCGACAUGGCUUCAUCGAGAGAAAUGAGGAUGUCGACGGCAUGAUCGCAUACCUCGGGAGGCUAUUCUCCUAUGUGGCUCCGAUCGGACAAAUGCCCUGGCUAGACCUACUAUUUUUGAAAAAUCCACUGGUUCUCUUGCUUGAUCGACUUGGAGUCAAGCUCUUUGCAUUUCCGGUUGCGACGUUUGCCGUUCAGCGAAUGCAGGAGAGGCUGAAGGAAAUGGAGGCGCAGGGCGUCGAGAAGGGAACCGAGAAGCCAGAUCUACUGUCAAUGUUCCUCAAGGCGCAAAAUGACCGCCCGGAGUUUAUGACCGAUGAGAGGGUUCUUACCAUGGCGAUAUCGAUGGCGUUCGCUGGGUCCGAGACUACAGCUAUCAGUUUGGCAGCUGUGUUUUACUAUCUCCUCCGCAACCCCCGAUGCUAUCAGAAAUUGAUGCAAGAAUUGGACGAAGCUGUCGAAGAAGGGAGGAUUGCCGAUACACCUACAGGAACGAUCACGUGGGCCGAAUCCCAACAACUCCCUUACCUUGACGCGUGCAUCAAAGAAGCGUUUAGAAUGCACCCGGCUGCAGGAUUGCCGCUGGAAAGAAUCACACCGCCGCAGGGGAUUGAAAUCGAUGGACACUUCGUCCCCGGAGGCACGAUUGUCGGCUGCAAUGCGUGGGUUAUCCACAAACGCGAAGAAGUUUUCGGAUCCCAGAUCGACAGCUAUAUUCCCGAGAGGUGGCUUAAUGUUGGAAAGGAGCAGCUGAAGGAGAUGAACGGCACUCUGUUCCAGUUCGGGGCCGGCGCCAGAACCUGCAUCGGAAAGAACAUCAGUUUGCUGGAGAUGUACAAGUUGGUUCCGGCGUUCUUACGUCGAUUCGAGGUUCGUUUCGAUAAUCCCAACAAGGACUGGAAACUACACAACGCUUGGUUUGUCAAAGAGCACGACUUCUACUGCCGCUUCAAGCCCCGGAAGAUGCGAUAA